AGAGCUCAUGUCAUCUGCCAAAUUGUGAUUUUGAUCAUUUUUCUUUUCCUUCUAUUAAUUUCUCUGUGGUCAGUUUUUAGGUUAUGUAAGAGAAAACAAAAUAUUUGCAAAAUAUAUUUUUUUCAAAGCAAUGUUUUCUCGGUCGACUUCUUAUAUUUCCAAAAGAUUAUAUUCGAAAUCAGUUCAAGAAAAUUCAAAAUGGAGAAGUGUUGUAGGUUUAGAAGUACACGCUCAGAUCCAGUCAAAUAGUAAAUUGUUUUCGGGAGCAGGUUCUAAAUUUUCAAGUCCUAUAAACUCUAAUGUAUCUCUGUUCGACAUGGCAACCCCAGGUACCCUUCCUACACUAAACAAAAGUUGUGUUGAAGCUGCAGUUUUAACAGCAUUAGCUUUGAAUUGUCAAGUAAAUCCAGUAUCCUAUUUUGAUAGAAAACACUAUUUUUACGCUGAUAUGCCAGCAGGGUAUCAAAUAACACAGCAAAGAGCUCCACUAGCAUCAAAUGGAAGUUUUGAUUUUAAUGUAUAUACACCUAGCGUGCACAAAAAACCAUAUAAAACAAAAGUCAGAAUAAAACAAAUUCAAUUAGAACAAGAUAGUGGUAAAAGUCUUCAUGAUUUUGAUAGAAGUUUGGUGGACUUAAACAGGGCAGGAAUGCCUUUAAUGGAGUUAGUAUUCGAGCCUGAUUUAAAGGAUGGAGAUGAAGCAGCUGCACUUAUUAAGGAACUAAUAGGAAUAUUUGAAAGAAUUAGAACAUGCUCUUGUAAAAUGGAAGAGGGUGCCCUUAGAAUAGAUGCAAAUGUGUCCAUACACGAAAAAGGUCAGCCAUUAGGAACUAGAACUGAAAUUAAGAACAUUGGAUCUGUAAGAGGUGUUGCUGGAGCUAUUAAAUAUGAAAUUGACAGACAAAUUAAGAUUAAAAACUCUUUUGGGACUGUUCUCAAUGAGACCAGAGCAUGGAAUGCAGAAAAGAAGGUUACCGUUCCUAUGAGAGAUAAAGAAGUACAGCAGGAUUAUAGGUAUAUGCCUGAACCUAAUUUGCCACCAUUGCAUGUAGCUAUGGGACCAAUUGAAUUUGGUUCAGUCAAUGCAGAUACGAUAAAAAAAAUAAUACCGGAAUUGCCCGAAGAAAUAAGAAUUCGUCUAAGGAAUGAGUUAGGGUUAACUGAAACACAAAGUAUUAUUUUAGUAAAUGAUAGUUGCUUACUGCAACAUUUCGAGCUUGCAUUAAAAAGCAAAAAUGUAGAUCCUAUUGCACUAGCUAAUUUUUUAAUUAAUGAUUUAAAUACUUCCCUGAACAAGUUAAAACUGGAAAUAGAAAACAUGAAUAUUCCAUCAAAAUAUUUUAGUGAAAUUAUAGACUUGCUUAAACAAGCUCAAAUUAGCCAUCAAACAGCUAGGCUUGUAUUGGAUGAAUUGUUAUCAGGUGAUAGCGAUACACCAGCAAUGAUUAUUGAAAAGAGGAAUUGGAAACAGAUAACUGAUGUAGAUGAAUUAACGAAGAUAUGUGAGACUGUGUUAAAAGAAAAUGAGAAAGCUUUGAAAGAUUUUCUUUCUGGAAAAAAGAAGGUUUUUAAAUUUUUCUUAGGCGCUGUAGCAAAAACAACUGAUAAUCGAGCUAAUAUGGGUAAAUGUGAUGAAAUAUUAAAAACACUAUUAUCAAAACGCUUAAAAUAAACUUUUAUUUAAGAAAUAGUCAUUUGCUUUACAAUUAAACCAAAUUUAGAUCAUAGAUAAAUGAAACAAGUUUACACUGGAAAGGUUUUUUGCAGCGGUAUACCAUAAAAAACUAUGUUCGAUUCAUAUUAAUCGUUCAAAUGAACUAUUCGUUCAAUUUUUGCCCAUUCCUAAUGAAUAGGCCAUAGAACAAAAAUUGGAAAAAAAACAGAAAAUGUUAUCUGUGGUGUAACGUCAUUCCAAAUGUCCAACUUACUCUUCAAUUGAGGUUAUGUUUUUUUUCGCUUGUGUUUUUCGCAAAAUAAAUUGCUUUUUAUCAUUUGUGUCUUUCUUG